GGGGGGAUCGGUCAUGCCUUGACUCAACAACUCGUUGCAAAUAACUUUACCGUUAUCGCUACAUUGCUAGAACACGAGGACCGUCAACACCUUGAGCACCCAUCCAUCCGAGUCGUAAACUUGGAUGUCACGUCUGAAGAACAGGUGCAAUCGGUUGUAAAGCGAGUGGGAGUCAUCACGGAUGGUAAAUUAGACGUCUUGAUCAACAAUGCUGGCAUUUGUUAUACUAUGACAGCAGCAGAUACAGAUGUCCGUGCUGUCGAAAAGAUGUUCGCAGUGAACGUCUUCGGACCCAUGCGCAUGGUUCACCAUUUCCAUAGAUCUAUCAUCUCUGCUAAAGGUAUCAUCGUGAACAUUGGUUCAAUAGGAGGAAUCUCUCCUUAUGUGUUUGGGGCAUCAUAUAACUCUUCAAAAGCUGCUCUUCACCACUAUGGCAACACAUUAAGAGUCGAGAUGAAGCCCUUCGGUGUACGCGUGAUGAAUGUCAUAUCUGGAGAGGUCGCUACGAAUAUCCUGAAAAGCGAUGUCCAUGACAACCGGGCCCUUCCUGAAGACUCUGUGUUUAUGCCAAUAGCCGACACGUUCAAAGCUCAUAUUCAUCGCACCCCUGAUACCAUGACACCAGACGCCUAUGCCAAAGGGGUUGUUGAGAAUAUCUUGAAAAAAUCCCCACCUCCUUGGUUUUGGCAUGGAAAUUCUACCACAGCCGUUAGAUUACUAGAUGGUUUGUUUCCUCGAACCAUAUUUGACUGGCUUUUCUAUAGAUGGUUCGGCCUGAAAAGGCUGGAGCAUACAAUUUAG